AUGAUCUCACUGGACUUCAAUUUGAAUGUUUUGACAAGGGACCUGUCACUUUAUCUGGAAAAUCAAGUGAAAGUUGGGCUUUUUGGAUCUGGAGUACUGUCACUGGUGCUCGGCUUCAGCGCAGCUUAUGCCUACUACUACUUGAUCUCUGUCGCGAAGAAGCCCCAACUGAUUUCUGGUGGAAAGAAGUUCUACCAGUUCCUGCGGGACCAAUGUCCCGUGGUGUCAGAGACCUACUACCCCACCUUCUGGUGCUGGGAGAGCCGGAUCCAGACGGUGCUUAGGCCCUUCGUCACGGCUAAACCAGGUGUCAGCUACAGAAAUGAGCUCAUUAGAGCAGAAGAUGGAGGACAGAUCUCUCUGGAUUGGUUCGACAACGAUGACAGCGCCUCCCACCCCAACGCGGCCACACGGCCCACCGUCCUGCUGCUUCCAGGCCUGACCGGUACCAGCAGAGAGUCCUACAUCCUCCACAUGGUGCAGCAGAGCAGGGAUCUGGGUUAUAGGUGUGCGGUAUUCAACAACAGAGGGGUGUCUGGUGAAACUCUCUUGACUCCCAGAACAUACUGUGCUGCCAACACAGAGGACCUGGAGGCGGUCAUCGAACACAUCCAGAGGACAAAUGAGGACGCCCCUCUCAUGGCUGCUGGGGUCUCCAUGGGCGGGAUGAUGCUGGCGAACUACCUGGGGAGGAAGGGCAGAGAGACAUGUCUGAAAGGCGUGGUUGUGUUCUCGGCAGGCUGGGAUGUGUUUGAGUGCACAGCGUCACUGGAGAAGCCUCUGGACCGCUUUCUCUUCAACUCCUACCUCACCAGCUGCCUGCAGGCAGGCGUGGACAGACACAAAUCUGUGCUUGAGAAGAGUUACGACAUUGAUCAUGUGAUGAAGGCCAAGACCCUCCGUGAGUUUGAUGAGAGGUUCACGUCUAUAAUGUUUGGCUACCCCACCAAUGAUGACUACUACCAUGAUGCCAGUCCCAUCCACAGGCUCAAGUCUGUGCAGGUGCCCAUGUUGUGUCUAAACGCUGCAGACGACGUCUUCUCUCCCAGUCAUGCCAUUCCAGUGGAGGCGGUGAAGCAGAACCCUAACCUAGCCCUCCUCAUCACCUGCCACGGUGGCCAUAUUGGUUUCCUGGAGGGCCUGUGGCCCCGACAGAGCACCUACAUGGACCGCGUGUUUAAGCAGUUUGCCAAGGCCGUCAUAGAACAGGGUGGCGACCUCAAUGACCUUUCCAGCUAG